AUGGACUUUCAAUCUAAAACAACCGCUACUGCUACUACUUUACAAGAAGAAUAUAAUCACGAACAAGAACAAGAACAAGAACAAGAACAAGAUCAGCAGCAAGGAGGAGAAGACGAAAAACAGCAACUGCUUGGUCAAAAUACUCGGAGCAAAUUACCCGAAUCCCCAUCUAUUCAUGAUCUAAUACUCGACCAAGAUAAUGCAUCAAUGGAAAUCUACAAAAUGUACCAGCACAAGAGCUAUCUACCUCAUAAUCAACGUAUUUCAAAUAUCGCCUGGCGAAUCCAAAAUAAAAAAAUAUUGACCAAUACUAGUCAUAAUCGAGUAUCCAAACCCAUGAUUCGAUCAAACUCCGUACCAGAUAGAAGCGUAAGUAAAGCAACAACUACCAAUACUAAUAACAACACUACAGCCACCAAUUCAUUUACUGCAAACUUUUUACAAAACUCAUCAUCUGUCGCUUCAACUGUCGCUACCAACAACUCCAAGCCACCAUCACAACAACAGCAGCAGCCAGCUACCACUACCACUAAUGACACGGCAACUAGCUCGUACAACCCCAAAUCAAACAACCCAAAUCUUGAUGAUUUUGAUUAUGUUGCCCAUAUAAGAAGAAUAAGUCAAGAAGAAUAUAAACUGGACAACAACAGCACGAAACAGCAGCAAAAGAACAAGGAAGAUGACAAUUUCUUCUUUUCCACCUACAUCAAUUCGUUGCAAAACAAUCUCAAAAACAGAUCUUCUGUUUCAAGUUCACCUUCAACUUUUAAGCCUCCCAUCAACAAUAGCUCAGCCACUUCUUCCACCAUGUCCUCGGCGGCAUCUUCAACUAGCAGACCAGCCAAUAUCAGAAAACCAUCUAAUUCAACCACCAUCAAAAAGAUUCUUCAAUGCACCAAUUGCGAAACCAAAACAACCCCACUUUGGAGAAAAUCAAAUACUGGUGAUUUGCUAUGUAAUGCUUGUGGACUAUUUUACAAAUUACAUGGUGUCUUCAGACCUUUGAAUAACACCCACAAUAACAAUAAUAGCACCAGCAUCGGCAACAGUAACAGCAACAACAAUAAUAGUAACAAGAGUAUUGAAGCUAAACGGAGAAUAUCAAUGAACAACAACGAUGAGAAAAUCAGUAAUGCCAAUGUCAAUUUAUUCAAUGGGUUGAAUGUUAAAUCUUCAGCUUUACAAACACAAGAUCAAAACAUGAAUCUUGUUGGUCCACCUCCCUUGGUCCACAAUUUUCCACAGUUUCCAACUACUCCUGCACAGCAUGACUCGCAAUCAACACAGACUCAAGAUGACAUAGACAAACUUCUUAAUAUGAACUUGUUUCAGCAAGAUUUUGCAACUGCUACUACUACUAAUAACAAUAACAAUAAUAAUACUGCUACUAGUGCUGCUAGUGCUACCAGUGCUACUACAGGGAAUAAUCAAAACGAUUUUUUCUUUCAUGAUUUUGUUCGUCAAUCGACAACCACGAACAAUAGCAACGGCAAUGAAAAUGGCAGUGGCACCAAUUUCCCAGAUUUCAAUAGUAGUCUUGGCUUUAAUGAAGGUCAAAUGCCGCAAUAUUUCCACCAAGGACAACAGAUGCAACACCAGCACCAACACCACGAUGAAUUGGAUCUUUUGGAUCCAAACGGAUUACCGCCGCCUAACGAUAAUUUAAACUGGCUCCAAUUUUUGAGCUGA